GCGACUCACUUCGUGACGAUAUUGUUUGUCAUUUAUUUUUAUUUUAUGCGUUGUGUGCGCGGACUCGUCGGACGGACCGUUUAAACAACAAUUGAUGUCUGCGAAGGCCGAUAGAGUUAUAGGAAAGGCGAAACAUGCAAAUGAACUUACAUGACAGGAUAUGAAUACGCGGGGCGAUAAAAUAACCGUCUGUGAAGUAUUGUUUACAAAAAGCCCGAUAGCAGUGGUAUGAAUCGACGGGAGCGGCGGUAAUCAUUUGACAGGACAUCGAUGGAUGAUAGGUAUUAUCCAAAGUUCAUAGGAUCUCCCGGUUGUCAACAUGGAUCGUAUACGUUCUACAAGGCUUUCAAAUAUUACAAGCACGAUAAAUGCAGGAUCUUGAUGUUGGGAGAAUUUUUCUUUGUCAAGAUAUCGUCCAACGAUGAUCCCUGUAUCGGCGAAUUGCAAUUGCUAUGGGAGGAUAGGAAUACCGAUCAGAUGUUAUCCAGUGUGAGACUUUACUUUUUGCCCGAGCAAACACCUUUGGGACGUCAGUCUCAUCACGGUGAGCACGAGGUAAUAGCCGCCAACGAAAAGGUCAUACUGCGAUUGGAGGAUUUAGUCUCAUGGAUUACGGAUGAAGUGGAUUGGAAUCACGGAUUAAGAGGAGUUUACGAAGGAUCUGUCGAUUGUUCCACUCCUGCUUGUCUCUCGCCAUUCUAUCCAGGUACAAACGGAUCCGUUAUUAAAGAUGGGACGGAUUUAGCUAAAGUAUUUAUGGAUAACAACACGGGAUUGGAUUUCGAUGACGUGCACAAAGAACGUGAGCUAAUCGGUGAUAACCAAGAUCCUGAUGCUUUGGGAAUAUGUAUUAUAACGUAUCCCAGGUAUCUACGUUAUAGUGCCAUGUUAAGGCGUUUGAACGGAGAGGUCGGAAAAUGGCUAAGCAACACGUUGAUAGUAGCGUUGGGAGGUUUUACUGUGUCCAGUCGUAAUGUGUAUAUUUUGUUUUGUAGAGACUUUUUUGAUCAUGAAGGUCUAGCACAAAACGAUGCCAACUGUGAUCAUCUAGCACCCAUUUUUAAAGGUCGGCCAAGGAAAAAGAAACCCAAAUCCCUCACCAAUUCAGAUUAUCAGUAUGCCGAAAACAAUGGGAACAAGAUUAAAACAAGUACACCAAAGAGACCCUUGGGGCAGAUGGAGGAGGGAUUUCUCCGAAAUCUUUUUGAAUUUAUGAAAAGUCGAAAUACUCCUAUUCACAGAGUCCCAAAUUUGGGCUUCAAACAAAUUGAUCUCUACCUCUUUUUCUCCCUUGUACAAAAAUUAGGAGGAUAUGAACAGAUUACUCAUAAGAAACAAUGGAAAUUAGUUUAUGAUGAAUUGGGUGGUAAUCCUGGAAGUACCAGUGCAGCUACUUGUACACGUCGUCACUAUGAAAGGCUUUUACUUCCUUACGAACGUCACCUGAAUGGAGAAGAUGACAAACCCCUUCCUCCUCCUCCACCUCCGAGAAUCCGUAACAAAAAACUGAAUUCCGAGAAAGAUAAAAAUGAACUGAAUCAGGAUGAUAUAGUCUGCUUGUAUGCAGAUAAUGAGAUUUCACAAAAUAGAAGUGACGAUAAAUUAUAUGAUAUCAGCAACGGAAAAGAUGGUGAAUUGGACAGUCACGACGAAUACAUGGACGACAGUGAAGAGAAGCAAGAAUGGCUGGAUAACAUUAAAGAGGAAAAUGUGUGUGAACUUGAUUCAAGUAACUGUUUAACAGAGAACCAAAAUCCUGCUUUUAUAAUCAAUAGGAAUGGUUGUGAAGAAAGAGAAAGAAAGUGGAAAGAAAUCAGAAAAAAGAAUGCAUUAGCAAGAAAUUGGGUUCGUCAAUUGCAUCCAAUAAAGACAGCGAAAAAAGGUACUUUAGAGAGGUAUCAACAAAUGUUAAAAGAUGCAAUGCAACAACAUCAAGAACCUCAUCCCAAAAUAAAAUCAGAACCUAAUAAUAUUGAGCAUAUUUCUAAAACAAAUGAUGAUAUUCUUAGAACUAGACAGCCAGUGUUGUCAAUUUUAUCAAGUAAUUGUCAUACUAAUUCCAACCAUUCUUCUAAAUUAAUUUCAUCCUCAUCUCAUGCUUACUAUCUUCCCACAACCGAACACAAUUCGUCAUCAGGACGAAUGAACGAAACUAAAGCAAGUGGAAAUGGUAACAUCGUGUCAGUUAAUAAUUACUCUAAUUGCUCUAAUUCAACUGCUAAAGUUUAUGUGAAUUCUAUGUUUUCCAACAUAAGUAAAUCUGAAUCCUCAUGCUCAAUUCCUUUAACCAAAGAAGUUUGUUAUUUGGGACAGUAUUCUCCUGCAAAAUAUGAUAGUGUGUCUAAUGGUGACAAGAAAAACAGAAAUAGUUUUAGUAUCAUGUCUCCGCUUAUGCAUCGAAAAAGUGUAGCUCUUCCAAGUGGGCAGUCCACGUUUGGCUAUGCAAAUGAAAAGUAUUCUACUUCUCCGGAGGAUGUCUCAAUACACAUUCCUCAUAAUAAAAAUUACGAUCCGGACUCAAAGAGCCUAGGGUACGACAAGAAUAACGAAUACUGUCAGCUUCGUCCAUCUGUCAUUUGUCAUACUGAACCAGCCAGAACAGUAGAUAGGAAAAUUAUGCCUACAUUAAUAAAAGAUAAGCAUAAUUCGUCUACGUCACCUGUGUUUUCGUCGCUGUCAUCAGUAGCACAUUAUAAAGGUAAUACGACAAAUUCAGAAGAGUCAAAUAAAUUAAUUCUUCCUCUUAAUAAAAAACUAUCUGAGAGUAUUGGUAUUAAAUCUGUGCCCAGCACUACGGUAAACAAAGUUAAAAUGUACGAUAAACUGCAAGAUAAAUGCAAGAUAACAGAAAUAACAAAACUAAAUCAUUCACUCGAAGUAAGCAUUCUGAAAAAUUGUCAGGAUGAUAAUGCAAAUAAGCAUUCUAAAAUAUAUAAACUAUCUAGGAUAAAAAUGGAGGAAGAUAAUCUGCAAACUGAUAAAGAAUUAAAAAGUAUUCUGGCAUCUCAAAAACCAAAAAUUUCUUCGUGCAUUUCUCAGCAUCCGAUAAUUAGUUCUGAUACGAAAACCUCAUUCAACAACAAUGUGCAAACUAUUAAACUGGAGGCGUAUGCAAAUUCUAUUAUUUCCAGAAACAGUAAGUAUAAAUACGAUGAACCGUAUUUCGAUCAACCGAAGCGUAUACAGUUAAAUAGUCCUCCUAGUUCCUGCAUUAAAAGUGGAUUAGGUCAAGCGCAUGUUAAUUAUAAAACAACACCUUUUACUCCAAUAGAUGACAUUAAUCCUCCAGUUGUGCUAGAUUUAAGUUUGAAGAAAAAGCCACAAUCAACUGGAUUGGAAGCUGUUGUGCCUUCACCCAGUCCUCCAAAAACUCCCGCCGAUGGGAUCUGUUUAGAUCUGUCUCUGAAAAGAAAAGUCAUAAAUACAACAGCUACAUCACCACCUAGUGGUAUAGAAAAUAUAACACCGCCUCCAGAAGAAAUAGAACCACCAUUAUAUCAUAGUAGUCCUUUUGUAGUGUCCGUCAUGAAAUCAUCUCCUCAUCUAACCAUUCCAGUUAUUAACAACAUAGGAAAUUCAAAACUUUAUAAUAGUUUAUCGCAGGACAGAAAACUACAUCCGGACGCUCUAUCAAAUAGGGCACCGAUAAUGAAUUCUGAUGGUGUGACUUCUUCGGCCAUAGAUAUUCCCAGUACUCCGAGUCCUUCUCCCUUACCAAAUAAUGUAAAAAGUACUUCAAAAAGUAUAUCUUCAUAUAAUUAUACCUAUUCAUCGCAGUCAUUGGAAUAUACUUCAUUAAGGUCAUCAUUCUGGUCACCACAAGUUACUGCCUAUUAUAUUCCUCCAGAAAGUAAACAGACUAAUUUGGACGGUUAUAAAGAUAUUGUGGAUCAAGGAAAUCUUCAAUAUCAGUAUCACGUGGGACCUCAUUUAUAUCCAGUUUUAUUUAAAGAAGGACAAACAUAUCCCAAGUAACCCAUAUGUAACAGUAGUUAAAACAAGGUAUGGGUUUUAUAAUUGAACAGUAUGUGUGUUAUAUGUGUGAAUGUCAUUUCAUGAAAAAGUUAACUUUUGUCCAUAUUUAUCAUUGUUCUACAUAUAUCAUGCCAUCGAUGAUCAGUCCAACAGUCUACUUAUUUGUCCUUCCCAUUGUAUACAACUGUAAAUAAUUUUUUUUUUUAUGAGGCUUGAAAUAUUUUCGUACAUGCAUCUGCAGAAAGAUUCUUUAGGACAACAGAUUUGACCGUCUCUGCAGAAUGAUUUUCUUAAAUGCAUAAUUUCAAAAAAUAUCACUCCUUAAAACACAAUGAUUAUAUUCACAAGUAAAUCUUUCCUUUAAUUAUUAUUUGGUUCAAUGAUGAAAAUUUGGUUUCCAUUUAGAUAGCAUGUUGCUCUUGAGAAUCUCGUUGUAGAUGCACACGAGACAUAGUUUGAAUAGUAAUUUAGAUUUGUAAAAUAUGACACGUGAAAGGAAAUGAAAAAUAAUGUGUAACUUUUAAACCUUUGAGGAGUGGCAGUUUGAAAUUUAUAUGGAAGUGUGCAUAUUGGUGUGUUGAGAAAGUCAACUUAUUCUCUUUGUAAGAGUUAUAGCGGUAGAAAAAUGACACAGUACACUAGAUGAAAACUGUUUUAAGUACAUAGAAACUCACUCCGCAAAGGAUUAAUCUAAAUUUUAUGCUAAAGACUUAAUUGAUAUUUUAAUAAUAGAAAUUAUUAUUUAAAUAACACAAAAUAUUUAUCAUUUCUUACGCAAAAACCAAAUUAUAUAGUAUAUGGAUACAGAAACAAAAAGCUUUUCAUUGAUCCAUUAGCUAUUGAUUUGGCGGGUAAUGUAGCAGUAAUAAUUUCUAUGCAAUACAUAAACUAAAUCAGAUGAUAUAUUUUUAUGGAAAGAAAACUAAUCCAUCCUUUUAAACUAGAUAGCAAUAGAUAAUUAUACUUUCCUUUAUGUCAAAAUAGGUUACUUUAUACAGAAUUAAUUUAUAUAAAAGUUUACUAUUAGAAAAUGGCAGUUAUUUGCUCGAAGAAUGAUACAAUUUGGCCAAACAAACUAUCGGAUUAUCAGACUAUAUUAAAAUUAGCUUAAUAUAGCUUGAUAAUCCGGUAAUUCGCUUGGCUUUAAUUAAAAAAUCGAGUUAUGGAUUGAAUGUUUAUAUAUGAUGCGAUCUGGAGGCAGCUGUUUAAAUUAUCCUUCUAAAAAAAUAGUAAAUUAAAGAAUACCCAUUGUAUUUUGUUCUAAUUUUUCUAGAAGAACUGUAUGGUAAAAAUUAUUUUUAAAAAGUAUGUAAGUAACUUUUGCUGAAAAAUAUUUAAUCCAUGCUUAAAAUUGUCAUUUCUCACAAAUUAUUCAGGAUAUUCACAAAUGAAUACAUACCUGAAAAGAUUGUGUAUUAUUAGAAAUAAUCCAAUAAAACAUCAAUUAUUUAAUUAUAGUUAUAGUUGUACAAUUCUUUGGAGCAAAUAUUUCUUUUGUUUCUAUCAAAAAGCAACAGAUUUUAAAAUGGCAAAGGGAAUAAAGCAAUAUAUUGGUAAUUUAAAAACUGAUCAUUGGUGCAAUUUAAAUUCUAAUGCAAAAAAAGAUUGAGUUAAAACAGAUAUUUUGUAUUAGGAAUGUAAGAGGGGGAAAAAAAUCAAAUUUCUGGUAGUUGUUUACAUGUAUUUUUGUCAGGAUCUCAAUAGAUAUAUUUUUUGAAAGAGCAACAAGUAUGGUACAGUUUUCUAUAAGUUAAUGAGUAAAGUUUUGACUUACUAAUUUCUGUUCACGAGUCUAUAGUUUAGAAAGUUAAUUUAAAUACAAUUUCUAGAGAGUUCACCGUAAAGAUUUACUAAGGAAAUUUCAGUUAACCAGAAACUGUUUAGGUGCUAUAGAUACAUUCAACUACAUCCGUCAUAAAUUAAUCAUUAGAACGUUUUCUACAUUGUAAUUUUUUAAUUAGAAUUUUAUCCGAACCAACAAUAGCAGCAAUAAAUUUAAUGUAAAUUUAAAAAAAUAAAAUAAAAUAACAGUCAUAAAAUAUAUAUAUAUAUAUUUUAUAAUUUUGAUUUUGCAUCUUUUAGAUGCUCCUAACUGCCAUUUUCAUAUUUAUUUAGUUUAGUUUUGCAUUUCACGAAAUUUCGUUUGAUUUAAAAAUGAACCUAAUUUAUACACACAUAUUUUUUUGUAGUUUUUAAUUGCUAAACUGUAGAAAUUUCGUGAAAUACAAAAAUUAAAAUAUGAUAAAAACUAUUUUUUCUAUAAGUAUGUCAAUAUUUUGUUUAUUGUUAUUUAAGGAAAUUAUAAAUUGAUAUCUACAAAGCAGAAGUGUAUUUUUAUUAUUAUUAUUAUUUUUUUUUUCCAUUGUAUAAAUUUCACAGUUGAUCUAAAUGGUAUAUAUCUAUAUAUAUAUACACAAUGUACUGUUUAUUGAUUUUUUUAAUACGAUAUUAUCAUUUUUAAUUUUAUGAAAAUUAUAAUGAACAAAAAUUUUCCAAAUGUGUAAUAGCUGGAUGUGUUUGUUUUGUCUAAAAGCGACUUGUAAAUAUUUAAUAAAAUCGAUAACUUAAUGCAUAACCACAAUUUUGUUAAACUAAAAAAAAUAACAACCAAAAAAAAAAAAGAAAGAAAACUAAAUCGUUCUGUAGGAUUUGAGGAAUAUAAGAUAGAAGACCACUUAGUAAAUACAUAUUCUAGUAUAAGAAUUAGUUGAAGAAUAAGUAUACAAAUGAAAGAAGUAUAUUAACAUAAAAUUGUAUGUUUAAGAAAAAAUCUGGGACCAUGUUUAUCCUGAAUGAGAUGAUAAUAUUCAGAGCAAAUAUCUAGAUAAUCUGGUAUGUACAGUAUGAUUCUGAGAUAUAUAUUGGGAAUACUUUGAAUUUUUUAAUUUGUGUUAAAUAUUUUUCAGAGAAGUUUUUGAUUUCAUAAUGUUAACAGAAAUUAAGCGAGGAUGUUGUAUUUGCAUUAAUAAUAAUUCAUUAAAUCACCACCUACAUCAGUGAUACACAUUUAUCCUUACUCAAAUAAGGCCACACAGUUGUCAUUUAAUGUAUUUAUCUGCCAUUACAUAAUUAAUAACAUCACAUCUCCUAUCUUACUCAAACUAUUUGCUCAUGGCUACGGUUUGUUUUAGUGUGCAAAUAUUUUAAAACAUUUUUAAUGGAAAUAAAGAAACAGAUGUAUCAUUACUAUUCUAGAUACAAUUGUCUAAUAUGAGAAUAUCUAUGUUAAUUAUAUAGCAUAUAAGUAAUUUAUAAUUAAUGUUAAACAACGAUAAAUAAUUUUAAGUUACAAGAUACGAGGGCUCUACCAAAAGCAACGCAAAAGCGGAAGCAGCUUUUUCAUUUACCAAUAUAGGUCCUUCAAAUUGGACUUAUUGGUAGUAACUCUUCCUCUACACAAAAGGUAUUUGAUGCAAAUCCAUUGAUUAUAAUGAAGACUAGUAUAUAAUUUAAUAGUAUCUUCAUAUAGGGGAAGAGGUACUUUAUCAACAUGUCCAAUUUGAAGGACCUAUGUCAAUAAAUGAAGAAGUUGUGCCCACUUUUUCAAUACCUUUGGUACGUUCCUUGUGUUUUUGAGUCAUACAAACUUUGUAAUAUCUGAUAACUGAUAUAAUUAUAGUGACUAUAAUUUUCAUCCAAUUUUUUAAUUGAAAUAGGGUGCGAAUAGAAUUAUUCAAUUACAAAAAUUCAUGAAAGUAAAUAGAUAAACAGAUUAGUAAAUCUAUAAUCAAUCAUUUGUCUUCUUGCUACGACUCAAAAUUGUUGUAAAUGUUUUAAUGGUUGUAAUAAUAAAUAUAGAAGAUCGUGCACUUGAACUUUUCCUUUACUAAUUGUUAACAGAUAAAAUAUCUAUUCCCAAAUACUGUUUUCUUAUUUCCAUUAAAAAUAUAUUUAUUAAAUGUUUUAACAUUUUUAAUAAAAAUAAGAAACUGGAUAAAUCAUUAAUAUCAGAGAUAUCAAAAACAUUUGUAUAUGGCCAUUAAUCAUAAGUAAUAAGCAGGACGAUUGCCAAAGAUAUUUUUCAUAGUCUUUAUGAAAUAACAUCUUUUCUGGACUUUAUGUAAUUAAUUUUAACACUCAUGUCUCAUACUUUAUUUUAUUUAAACUGCUUUCUAAAGAGUCAUUUUUAUCUUUAAAUAUAAGGUAUGGUGUGAUAUUGCAAAAAUAUUUUUAUUAUUAUUAUUGCUGUAUCACAUGUACGUUGUCUUGUACAGAACCAGACAAACAGAAAAAAAACAGAAUUUCGAGAAACAUUGCAUUGGCAGCUUUAAUUUACACAAUAAUAAAAUAUACAACAUUUGAAGUUUUAAAAUUUAUAAAAGUGAUCAUUUGGUUUGUUAUUUACUUCUAAAUUGAUUAAACAAUGUAUUAAUUAUUGUAAGUACAAAGUGAAAUACUCAACCGGAACUUUAUCGUUGCUACAUUCCUCUAUUAAGUCUAAGCUAGUCAUCAAUUAAGUAACUAGCCCACCUGUGUUAAUUUCUCAGGAAGAACAUUAUUUAACAAAUAUUUUUAAAAGUUAGGACGACCAGAUAAAUUAACCGGGAAUCACAAGACUAUCCUUCUAGUCAUAUUUUUUUAAUUUAAAAAUUACCAAGAAAUCAAGAUUUGUCUUUGUCUUUUGCAAUCGUAAUAUUCAUUUUAAAAACAGUAAAUAUAUUUGUACUCGUCCAAAAUGUACAGAAAAUAAUUUCAGUUUAAUCCGGUCGUCCUACUGCACAACAUAAAAUCACGAUACCAAAACGACAUGACUUGCAAUAGAAGAAAGUUACGCCGUGGUAUAAUGUGCUUUAAAGUAAUAGUUUAUUAAUGUAACAUACCGACGGAUGUGAUAUUGCAUUUUAAUAACCUAAUAGUUUGUCUGUUUUCAUGUUUUCCUUGUAAAAUAAUUACAGAAUUGAGAAAACAAAUAGACUGUUGGUAUUGCAUUGUUACUUCCUAUAUUAGAUAAUAUACUAAGUAAUAACAAUAGACACAGCUGGUUUGAGUGAUCAGACUUUAAUAGGGUAGCUUCAAUUUUAUUAAGACAGCUUUAUAAUUAUUAAAAGUUUUUGUAUCAAAUUAUGUAACAAAUUAUAAUUAUUUGCUUGUUUGUAAAAUAUAAAGGAUUUUAUUGUGUACUAAUCUAUGAUAAACUGUUUCUUACUGUAGUGUGUUUAUAAAACAUUAUAAAUACAAAUAUUUAUCUUGAGGUUUUCUGUAAGCAAUUCUGUAAAGAAUUGCAGAGUUCAUUUAAAAAAAAAUAAUAAUUAUGUAACUUAUCUGUGUAAUAUUUCAUAUAUAUUACUAAAUUACAUCAAGGAAACAUUGUGUAAAAUCUGUUUAUGGAUAAUGUAGAUCACAUUAUUGUUUUCAGUUCAGUGAUUUAAGUAAAAGAAUACCCAAAAUAUUGUCGUUACAUCCAAUCUCAGAAAAGGAAAUAAAAAAUAUUUGCAGCAGGAAUAUAAAGGCAAACCCUUUGUAAAUAUUGGUUAGAUUAGUGAAUAGAUAUGUCAUAUGGUUGAAAAUGAAAGUGACUGUUGGAAAAGUGAAGUUUUUCUGCAGAUGCAUCACUUUUUGAAAGCUGUCAAAAUGUUGUGUCAAUCAUUUGUAAAUGUCCAAAACUUCAUUAUGUAUAAAUGUUCAUCUUCAUCUUUUGUGAAAUACAGUUCCCUGUACGUACUCGUUUGUAUACCUCGUACAGUAGUCCGGCAGCUAAGCCGGCGAGGAACAAAAAUGGGAUAAUUUUCGGAAAAAAUAAAAAAAAUGGACUACCGAAUAAUAAAGUGCUGUUUAAGAUCUCUCGA